AUGUACAAUGGCUACAACAAACAACAACAACAUCAGCAGCCACAACAGCAGCAACAACAACAACAACAACAAACGCUUGUCUAUAAGGACAGAGACAUGGACAAUCAUUACAGCGACAUUGGAGAGAGGAACCAAUCGCCCACCUACGAAUCAUUGUUGAGCAAUAGCAAGCAGGUGUUAUCACCCAAUGGCAGCACAAACAGUAUCAACAAUGUCAACGGCAACAAUUUGAACGGCAACAGCAACAACGAACGAGAUAGAGAUAGAGAACGCGAUCGCGAAAGAGACGAGAGAUCAAUGGUCAUUAGAGAUAGGGAGAGAGAGCGUGAGAGGGAGCGUGAGAGAGAACGCGAGCGGGAGAGAGAAAGAGAGUGGGAGAUACGCAGUCGAGAGGUCGUCAGAGAUAGAGAGCGUGAGCGAGAGAGAGACAGAGAGCGUGAACGUGAACGAGAGAGGGAUAGAGAUAAUAGAGAUAGAGAAAGGGAGAGAGAUAAUAAUAAUAGAGACAGCGAUAGAGAGGUGCCCAGGACGAGCGGGAAUGUAGAGUCACGCAAUGAUAGACCAGCAAAGAUCAAUGACGAACAUGAGCGAGUGGAGAUAAUGUCCAACACACAGGAGAACGACUCGAUGUCAUCUUCACCAUCACCAUCGUUACGCGCAACUGGCAUGUCAACAUCACUGUCUAGCUCACCGACUCAAGAACUGCCUAACUAUCACAACAACAACAACGUCAACACACCAAGGCAAUCAUCUCCGAGCCUACUGACUGAGCGAACAUCACCAAUGAUGCCCCCUUUGUCUCUGUCAUCCCCUUCACUGCCCAUGUCAACGCCACUGCCCUCUGUCAAUGCUCAUCGGGCCGCUCACACGCACAAGACCAACGAAUCUAUGCGCCCACCUUCCUCAAGCGAUCCCGUGUCACCGAUAUCGCUCAGGAGCUCGCAGAGCAUGACACCGUCGCGGUCCUCAGAUGCGCUCAACAACCAGCAGCCACUGUACUUCCCCCACAUGCCCACCAAGGAGCAGCUGAUCGAUCGCAUGGAGGUCAUUGACAAUGAGAUCACUUCGAUCGAGAAGGAGAUCAAGACCCACACGACCUAUCUGAGUAAGAUCGACACAAUGAUCGCCAAGCGCAACAAAGAGGAGAAGGAGGCAGCCACAUCUUCGCAACAGACCAACAGCAAGAAGAAGAAGAAGAAGACUGUCGCGACCAAGCCCUCACUGCCGCUCAACUCCCCAUCAAAGACCACCAACUCUUCUGCUGUCAGUGCCAAUGCUACUGCCACCGCGCCGGUGGUUGUGCAGUCGAGCAAGACCAUCAGCAGACUUGAGAAUCAGAGUACGAUCUACCAGGCCAACCAGGAUAAUGCACAAGAGGCCGACGACAUGGUUCUGCAGACUUUUGAUGGCGACGCGCCCUACCAGCGUGUGAGCGACUUCCCAAUCUUCCAGGAGACGAUUGACAACCACAAGAAGGUCAAGAACAAGCUGGCGAUGGCAAUCAAGAAGCAGAAGGAAGAGUUGGGGUUGUACAACAGGAAGCUGGUUAUAAGGUAUCUCAAUGGAAUGGACAAGUACAAGAAGAAGCUUGAGGAGGAGAGCAACAACAGCAGCAAUGGUAACAGUAGUGCGGGCAACGGCAAGAAGAAGUCUUCGAGUCGACCAUCGGCCAGGACGCCACUGCGGGCCGUGACCAGAUCACGACGUGUGUCGGACGCAGUGCACAGUGAAGCCGAGUUCAUCGAGAUCAUGGAUCAGCUUCGCGAGCAAGACGAGUCGGAUCCAGUAUGUAAAUUCACCAACAUGAGCGCAGUGGUGCCGCCAAUGAUUCCACAACACGAGCGAGACAUGCUGUACAUCAACUACAAUGGUCUGAUCGAGGACCCCAUUGCCGUCGACAAGGAACGAAGAUCCCUGAUACAAUGGACCGAGGAGGAGAAGGACAAGUUUGUCAAGAAGUAUCUGCUGUACCCAAAGAAGUUCGAGAGGAUCUCAACAUUCUUUGAGAACAAGACACCUGAGGACAUGGUUGUCUUUUAUUACAACAACAAGAAGAAGCUGGACCUCAAGGAACAGCUCCAGCAGAAUGUUCUAAAGAAGAGGACUGGAAAGAGAGGAACAGGAUCACACAACUUCUUGUCAACCAAGAGUACUACUGUAAAGAAUGACAAAACAUCAACUGCGACAACAUCAACGACUACGACUACGACCACGACUGCGACACCAAUGACACCUGCGCCACCAAGCAGGUCAGCGAACAAACAAAAGGCACGCGCCUCGAAGCAACCAACACCAGAGGUGACGAUUGAUGCAGACAAACUGUCAGCACCGCCCACGCCUCGACUGACGGCCAGGGAGCAGAUCCUUCUGGCCAUCUCCACUUCAGCAGGUGGCGCCGGCACCAAGGAGACAUCGCCAACAUCGGUGAGCAGCACAGCAGUGGUCACGCCGCCACUUACACCCUCGAUCAGCGGACAGGCGCAGUCACCCGAUGCCUCCACAGAGACACGGUUCUCGUGGUCACGCGAGGAGCGAGAUUCUUUCAACACGGCCUACAGCAAGUACGGCAUGGACUUCAAGGCGAUCGCCGAUUAUCUCAAGACAAAGACACUGAAUCAAUGCCGCAGCUACUACUACAACUCCAAGAGGAGGUCGUUGAGGCAUGAUGACAACAGCAUCAACUCAAAGAAGAAGUCAUCCGAGUCUGAGGAGUCAGAGUCCGACGACUUGUAG